UCCCAAAUCCGGUCGCCAUGUUCGUCCCCAGCACCCCACCCGCCGCCGCCGGCAACCAUCAGCAUCACGUGAUGCCGCCGCCGCCACACGGCAUCUACCCUCUCCGUGAUUACUGGCUGCGGCCCUCACCCGGCGAUUACACUGAAUACUGGGUGCUGGGGUUCCAAUCGGAUCACAGCGCAGGAUCUUCCACCCCCACCCGCACCGUUGGUGGAUCGUCCCCUGGCGACGUCUCGGCGACCCCCGUUCUCGAUCUCUCGGCAAUCCCUCGUACGCGGGCCGGCGCUGACGCCUCAGCUGCCCGAUACGGUCGCAUGCACCGCCGCCGUGCCCGUGACGAGAUUGGCGGCAGGCCCCACUUCCGCUCGCCCCCGCCGCUGCAGCCGUCACCCAAGCGGUCUCGCCGGUCGGAAGAUGACCCCAAGGAGUCCCCGCCGCUGCAGCCGUCACCCGACAAGUCUUGCUGCGAGAGCCCUCUUCAAAGAUUUGAUAGCCCAAUGAAAUUUUAUGCUUCAUAUGAGAUCAAUGACUUGCCUAAUUCAAAUGUGGAACUGGAUCCUUCAUACAAGUCAUUGGUCAAUGAUUUCAUGGAUGCGAUGGAAAAUAAUUGCCAUGAAAGUGAGGACUUGGAGGAUGAUCCAGCAAAGCGUCAAGAAAUGUAUCAAGAGCAAACGAAACGUUUUGCUGAAUUGGCUCUGAGGCGUUACAACAGCAACAAGAACAAUAAGGUUAAAUACUCUCUGGUGGAGGCCAUCAAGUCAAAUGGAAUUUUUGAGGGCACUAAAAUAUAUGCCCAUGUCAAUUUAUCUGUCGUAGCUAAAAAUGGCCCACAAAAAAAUGGCCCAAAGGUACUUGCAUUUGCAGAGCUGCAACUUGUUGGAGAUCGUCCCAAUGCGAUGGCUCUCACUUCGUUUCAUUUGCUUGACGAGAAGAAGCAACUAGCUGGCCAUCGUCAUCUGGCUCAAAACUCUUUUGGGACUGGAGAUACGGACAUGAAUCAUUGCUAUGCCUGUACUGAUGUGAUCAAGCAUCCUGAUGGAGCACGGUAUAAGGCAGGCCAUUUUGUUGCCAUGUCAUAUUACUAUGAAGAUUAGGAGUGUGAAAACUUGAGAGGUUGAAGGCCGAUAAUCGUGCGUUCCAGGAUGAUGAAUCUGAUUACAGCCACCUCUGCCGACAUGUUUUAUUUGUUUGUUAGUUAGGUAGACUUGACAGUCCUCCAUCAGUGUAUUAAUGUACUCCAAUAAAAUUUCCUUCGGCUCAUUGUGUCAUUCCUUAUCUAAAUUCACUAAGAAAAUUUACUAAAUUUUAGUGUUAACUAGCACUAGCACUAGAUAGCCACAAUUUUGAUCAUCAUGAGUACGACAAACAGGAUCAGAUCAGAAGGCCUAUUAUGAUGUCAAUUUCAAAGCCAAGAAAGGAAGUUGGACCAGUCAGCCAGCCAUUUUCUUUAAAGAUAGAAUGAACCUGAUAGAGUAACCAUCUGCAAUGAGUUGUAAAUACCCAGGUAAUAUUAGAAUACUUAAAGGGUGGCGGGCUGGGCGUGUCCACGUCAGCGUUUUUCCUGUUCCUAGAACAGUGCCCCGUUAGUUACUGCUGUCACCCCGUUAGUUAUCAACAGAGAGUACAUGUACGUAUAUAUUGGUUUCUCUAAUUGAGUACCAGUUAGACAUCUAUCCCUGUUCAUACUAUGAACAGAUUGGCUUGAAUCUAGCUAUGUUUUGGAAACCUCUAUUUGCAAUAUGUGUGUCCGUACAUUAUUACUAAUGCUUGAGUAUUAAGCUGAUAAAG